GGAGUGAGUACACUCAACCAAACUACAUUAACGAUCUCCUCGAUAUACCACUUUGUCACAGUUGUGUGUAAACUGUCUUCGGCAGCGUUGUGAACACUUUAUUUGAAAACCUACAUUCGAAGUGAUGACAUUGUGUUCUUAAUCUAUUAUUCAUUCGCUUGAUGUCAAUGUCUCCGUAAAAACACCUACGUCAGACCCUUCCAUGUUCGGAUCGUGUGACGUCAUCAUCUGAGCAACAAGAUGGCUCAAGCUACGACGAGUAAGUUCGACUUCAAAAUGGAAAAGAGACAACACUCAGGAUCACUGAGCAGUCGUUCAUCCGAGGACUUUUCCGAGACUAGUUUUGAUGGUGAAACGGAAAGCCUAAUAGGUUCGGCGACACACCAGUUAGUGUUAUACGCUAUGACGAAAGGACACACCAUUCACAGUGUUACACACAUGCCCCCUCACCAACUGUCGGAGUUUCUCAGAGAUUUUUAUGGUAAGGUUAGGACCAAGCUUGAGGAGGGGCCGGUCAGAUCGACUGUCAGUUUGAAGGAUAUCAGACUCGGUCUACAGAAAUACUUCAUGAAGGAGACCGGAAUAGACAUUAUCAAAGACAAAAGUUUUGAAAAUGCCAACGCUUGUUAUGAGAUGGCAGUUCGAAUGGGACCACGCAAGUGUCAUAGACUUCGAAUAGAAAUGGAUGAUUUGAGGAAAAUAUAUUUCAGUGAUGCAAUGAAAACCGACAACCCCGAAACGCUACAAAAUAAGGUGUUUUUCGAUGUGAAUUUAUACAUUGUCAACAGAGGAAAAGACUGUAUGAGGGCCAUGACUAAAAAUGAUUUUGUAGUGUCGACAGAAGUUGAUGGAAGGAAAAGUGUUUGGUUAAAAUACCACCCUAAGUUCAACAUCAAGGAGAUGGGUGGCUACGGUGACGUAGAUCACACAGGAACAAGGCUUGGGGAGAAGAUGCUUGAAAGGCCAGGAGACCCUCGUUGCCCAGUAGCAUCAUUCUUGAGGUACCUGACACAUCUCCAUCCCAUGACUGAAGCGUUCUGGCAACGUCCAAAGCGGAGUGUAUCCCAGUCUGAUUACGUGUGGUUUGACAAUACCCCACUUGGAAACUCCACCCUGAGUAAAAUCAUGCAGAGGAUAUCCAUAUCAGCUGGAGUGAAGGAAAACUACACAAACCACUCGAUUCGUCCAUCCUACAUUCCUCUUAUUGAAACAAUAUGCACAGAUGCGUUGAACAUUGAGAGGACAGUGCGAGUGCCCAAUGUGUUGUCACAAGAUGAUUCAUUUGCGGAUGAUAAUUCGCUAGGAGACAGUUCGUCGCUAGAUUCAGAAUCCCCAGAUGAUGAUCCAACGGACGAGAGCGUUGUUGGUUUGAGAUCAGCCAAGAUGAAGGUUUUGGAGUUGAUUCGUGGCCUACUUGUAAAGGACAUCAAGAAGUUUGCUGACUGGCUGAAAACUGUUCGAGUGGAAUACCACCAAGGAGAGCUGAUUGUCUUGUGUAGCCCUGUCGACCAGGAGGAGGUGGCGGUGGAAGGGAUGAAUGGUCAAGGGGCAGACAACUCUCAGAGCAAAGUCAGUGAUCAAGAAAUGACCUCAAUAAAAGAGAAGUUCAAACAAAACGGACCUGGUAAAUUCUCAUCCACCAGUUUGGACUCACCCAUGCAGAAGAAAAAUGAAAAAUCAGCACGUAGCGACAAGCAAGAUGGUUUAUCGUUCAUGCAGGGAAUUUCCAUUAAGCAAGUAGAGUUUGACUCAGUUGGCGGAACCCACUGCUCGUCCAGUGAUAUCUCCCCGCUGAAGGUGACCAUUCCCUCGGCCGACGCACUGCUGGUGUCUGGUCUGAGCGAGAAUAUGCAGCUGUUGCUACACAAGAAAUCCUCGAAGGAGCAGCCCAUGCAGGAAAAACUGCCGGACAGAAUAUUCUACUCCGAGAAUGACAUGGACGUUGCCGAGAUUGCUGCCCUCUUGGGUGCGUGUGACAGUCUUAAAAAGAAUCCAGACAAAACGGAAUCAACUGUAGCCGAAAUCAGUAAGGCUUUGCCGCACGCUGGUACGAGAAGUCCCAACCUAAAAGCUGACUCGAUGCCCGAGAUAAGGAGUGGUGCGGUUAACAUUCAGAACACAAUUUCCUUCGGUGGGGAAAACAAGUUGAUAACUAUCGGUGACAAUAAGCAGUCGUCACUGAAACCAGCCAGUCCAGCGUUGAAGAGACAGGCGCGGGUGGAGUGUGCUGAGCCGGCUAAUGACGAACCUCUGAAGAAAAGACUUUGUACUAGUGCUAGUGUGCCAGUAGGAGCAGACCACGGAAUUGCCUAUCCCAACACAACCAACAUUCCGAAACCACCGUUGCAGUUCAGACCAGCCUCGUUAGAUUCCUCCCCACUUAUGAAGAAAAAGAGAGUGCGAUUUGGCAGUGGGGUUCAGACUAUAACAGUAAAAGCUGAGCCAGUAUCAUGAGGUAUGGAGGUACCGUUUGUUGGGUUUUAAUUCUAUCACUCGCAAGUGAUAUUUUGCCUCACGGCAAGUCAGUUUUGCAGCCUUGCUGAUACACCAAAGCAGCCCUGUAUAUUGUAAGGGUUUGCAGGUGGAGAUGAGCAGAGGCCGACAACUGAGCCCAUUUGAGCCGUUACCGUGGAGAUGAGAGGAGAAUUGUGGGUAAAAGAGCCCAUGUGUUCACAGGUGACUUGUGUUCAGAAAGGUCAGUUAGGUUGACACAAUGAUGACAUGCAAUUACAUCCGGUGAUUAUGAUGUUUAAUAUGUACAUAUGAGAUAUAUCAUAGAAUGUUGUGAUAUAUAAUUGUACAUGAAGUCACACCUAGAUAUGGGCUUCUGUUCACCAGUGGUGCAUUUGCUAGUGGUGGAUUAUUGUAUGUAUAGACUGUGUGUUGUGUAACCACAUGAUUCAUGAAGCUAGCUUUCUCUGCCAUACAGAUACCAGGUGUCUUAGAUGGUACCAAUAUUUGUCCAUUUCAACAGUUUUUUAAAUAUUGCUAAUUAUGUAUAAAUUUAACAGCAGCAGUUAAGAAAUACAUCUGUAUAGUGGGUUAUUUCUGAAUGUUGUUUGUGAAAAGGGAGGUAAUCCUUGGCACUGUCCAUCCUGCACAUAACAAUAUUGUAUGGACACAAUAUUUUGGUAAAUGUUUUUAUUUUUUGUUCCUUUGAUUUUCUGUUGAUAAUCGUGAUGUGUGCUUGAAUGAGACCAAGGUUUGUUGUAUGAUGAGAUGUGCUGGCAGAAAAGAAGACAGACCCAUCUUAUUUUGUUUGUUAUGGGUGGAGCAUACCAAAAACUUAUAUAUUUUGUUAACUCAAAUGUAGACAUGAUGUAAGUUAUAUUUACCAUGUUAAUAUAUUUGCAAUUUGGUCUUCAAGAUAUACUUUAGAUGCUAUCCAAUAACUAUUUUUAGUGGAGGUUUGACAUUUGACAUUUUAUAUGUCAAUAAUAUUGUCCAAAUUAUCCAUAUUGAUAUGCUUUUUAGAAUUCUUAAUCAGUUAUCAAUACUUAAUAUUUUAGAAUGUGUAGUUCAGACAUACGUCAUGGGUUACAGAUAGGGUGGUUUGUUCACCAUGAAGCUGAAAUAAGUUUCUGCUAAUGUUGUCAUUCAAGUGUCAUGUAAGACAGGAUGUAGAAAGUCUUCAAAAUGUUUUUGAAACAAAUGUUAAAAGUUUUUAAUUUGUUAAGUGCGACAAGUUUGGUAUUAUUUGUUGACCACAAUUUCAUACAACAUUUUUUCAACGUUUCGAACAAGCUUGUCAUUUAACAGAACUAACAGUUAGACCAAUUCUUAUUUAUUUGUCUUGGACGGGUUGCUGUGAGCUGAGCAUGCUAACCUUUAAUAUUUACCUAUGUCAUGUUUCAAUAUUUUUCUCUAAUAAUUAUGUGAUCAAAUUUUGAAUUAGCAUGCAGUAUGAAAAUCCGUAAAUAGUCCUGUUUUUUCUCAUUACCAUAUUUGCCCCCUGAGGACUUGAAUCUGUGAAUCAAUGGGUACAGACACCGUUGCCAUGGCGUCGACAGUUUUCAGGAAAUGCUCUCACAUGCAUUAGAACCUACACGAAUCAAAUGCUAGAAUUUUUUUAUUGUAAGAACGGGUGUGUAAUUAAAUUAGAUAGACAUUGCAAAUAACAUAAACCAAAAUUUGCAUUGUAAUAUUUGACUACAUGCAGUACGACUUGGUACCAUUCUGUAUGUCCAUACUUUCUCUUUAUUUAUCCUUCAGUGUUUUUUUGUCAGGAUGUUGUUGAGGAGUAGCAGUAACUAAUGCUGUACAGAUUGUAGACUUGGUCCCCGUAUCCAGUUCCUCAUUACUUUGAUACUAUUGUGUAUGUCAAUAAUAUCACUAUUCAAUGCCGACCAAAGCCAUAAUAUCACCAGUUACUCGAUUACUUAUACUACUCGAAAGAAGUUACGGACCAGCCGAUUCUUUCCUAUUACUAGAGUCAAUCUGUCAUGGCACUGGGUGGCCCUUACUUCCAUGACAGAUUAACUAUAGUAAUAUGAAAGAAUCGAGUGUUCCUUGACUUCUUUUUAGUAGUAUAUGUGUAGAUCAGUCUGACCUUAGUGUGGUCUCUUAUGCCUAGCCUAUGCAUUAUAUCCAUCCCA